AUUGUUAAGUGUAUGAAUACGCGUGUGCCCCACAUUCCUUUGAGCUGCCUUCAACCUCGACGACCCUAAGUAAUCAAUCAUGGCGGCAAGAGUGUCCCAGAUUAAACGAGUGAUUUCUCUCCUGUCUCCUAAUCGGCUUCAAAACUCUUCUUCUUUCUUCAAAGAACCCUCUAGGCAGUUGUUUCCUUCAGCAAGUGCACUCUUUAGCAGAAAUGAAUAUCAUAGAAGAGGACUUAAAACAAUAACAAAUCCAACCAGCGUGGCUGAUGAGGUUCUGCAAAAUCAUGAGACUGGCAGUUUAAAGCCCACUGAUGACAGUUCUGCUGUGAAGCACACUGCCGUUUCCAACUUGAAGACAUCCCCAAGGCAUGAUCUGGCUAUGAUCUUUACUUGCAGGGUAUGUGAAACAAGAUCUGUGAAGACCAUUUGUCGUGAAUCUUAUGAGAAAGGUGUUGUGGUGGCACGCUGUGGUGGCUGUAAUAAUCUGCACCUGAUUGCAGAUCGUCUUGGGUGGUUUGGAGAACCAGGAAGCGUUGAGGAAUUCCUUGCCGCUCGUGGGGAAGAAGUGAAGAAAGGUUCUUCUGAUACAUUUAAUCUAACACUUGAAGAUUUAACUGGAAAGGGAAACUUGAAAGACUAAUAUAUCCAGCUACCUACAACAAUAUAUAGGAAACGCCUUUGUAGUUGAGUUACUUCAUUUCUUGUUUCAAAUAUGUGGUUACCAUGAUUGCCUCGAAUUCUAAUAGUAGAAUGCUAGGCGUAGCCUUCUUAAAGGUCUGAGUCUAAUUUUGAAAGUUAAUGUAGCAAGUGUUGAUUGACAUUCUACUUGAAGUUAAAGUUAUUAAGAUGGAAUCCUUGAUUGAUCUCAGAAAAAUAAUGGAUUUUGCUGUGCUUUUGGAUUGAAUGACUGGAUCAUCUCACUGUC